GUGUCUGUGAAAGUCAGAGGCUCCAUUUUGUGUCGAGGGGAAAAUGCACCAUUGCAGGAGUAAAAACACAGGUUUGAUUUAACACACCGAUGUUGGAGUGAAGUAAAUGUGUGUCCUGCUGUAAUCUGGAGAAGGAGACAUGACCUCCAACAAGUGUCUGGAAAACAGGACUUAAAGAAAGACGAGAGAAUAAUGAAGAGAAAGAGAUCAGACUCACCAGAACCCAGCUGUGUGUCCAUGAAGAGUGACGAGUCAAUGGGCUGUCCAAUUUACUUCAGAGAUGGAGCCAGUUCUCCUGAUGUGAGACCACAACAGAAGAAGAAAUCAAACCUCAGCAGAAAUCAGUUGGACUCCAUAUUCAAGGAGCUGGAACACAAAGUCAUCUCUCUGAUAAAGAAUGAGCUGAAAAGGUUUAGGAAGCUCCUGAGUCCAGAUUACCCAGCAUGCACUGAGAGGGGGGUGGAGGAUGAGGAGGAUCUGCACAGUGUCAGAGACGGAGCGCUGAAGAUCACACUGCACUUCCUGAAGAACAUGAACUACACAGAUCUCGCUAACACACUGCACAACAAACUCACCUCUGUGUACCAGACAAAGUUGAAAUCCAGCCUGAGAGAGAAGUUUAAAAGAAUUAAUGAAGGAAUCUCACAGCAUGGAAGCUCAGCAAUUCUGAAUGACAUCUACGCAGAUCUCUACAUCACAGAGGGCUGGAGUGGAGACGUCAAUAAUGAACAUGAGAUGAGGGAGAUUAAGACAGCAUCCAGGAGACCAGCAACACAGGAGACACCCAUCAAAUGUAAUGAUCUCUUUAAAAACAAGUCCAUCCGAAGUGUGCUGACUAAAGGAGUUGCUGGAAUUGGAAAAACAGUCUCUGUGCAGAAGUUCAUUCUGGACUGGGCUGAAGUAAACGAAAAUCAGGACAUCACCUUCAUGUUUCCACUUCCCUUUAGAGAGCUGAAUCUGAUGAAGCAGAAACAUCUCAGUCUGAUGGAUCUUCUUCAUCACUUUUUCCCAGAAAUGAGAAAACUACAAUUAAUAGACUCCUACAAAGUGCUGUUAAUCUUUGAUGGUCUGGAUAAGUGUUGACUUCCUCUAAAUUUCCAGAAGAAUGAGAGAUUGUGUGAUGUGACAGAGUCAGCCUCAGUGGAUGUGCUGCUGACGAACCUCAUCAAGGGGAAUCUUCUUCCCUCUGCUCUCCUCUGGAUAACCUCUCGACCAGGAGCAGCCAAUCAGAUCCCUCCUGACUGUCUAGACCAGGUAACAGAGGUAAGAGGGUUCAGUGAUCCUCAGAAAGAGGAGUACUUCAGGAAGAGGAUCAGUGAUCACAGCCUGGCCAAUAAAAUUAUCUCACACAUGAAGUCUUCAAGAACCCUCUACAUCAUGUGCCACAUCCCAGUCUUCUGCUGGAUCUCAGCCACUGUUCUAGAGAGAAUGUUGGGUGAAGCAGAGAGUGGAGAGAUCCCCAAGACUCUGACUCAAAUGUUCACACACUUCCUGAUCUUUCAGAUCAAACACAAGGACCAAAAGUACCAUCAGAAAUGUGACCCUGAUCCUCAGCAGACCAGAGAGAGUAUCCUGGCACUGGGAAAACUGGCUUUCCAACAGCUGGAGAAAGGAAACCUGAUCUUCUAUGAGGAAGACCUGAGAGAGUGUGGCAUUAAUGUCAGAGAAGUGUCAGUGUACUCAGGAGUGUGUACCCAAAUCUUCAGAGAGGAGUUUGGGCUUCAUCUGGGGAAGGUGUUCAGCUUUGUACAUCUGAAUGUGCAGGAGUUUCUGGCUGCUUUAUAUGCAUUUCUCUGCUUUAUUUUUAAAAAGAACAAUGAGUUAGUGGAACAAAGGACUGGACUUUUUAAUUUCUUCAGAAAGUCAAAAAUGUCUGAUCUCCUCAGGAUUGCAGUGGACAAGGCCUUACAGCGUGAGAAUGGACAGCUGGACCUGUUCCUCCGCUUUCUUCUGGGUCUCUCACUGGAGUCCAAUCAGACUCUCUUACAAGGCUUAAUGCCACAGACAUGAAGCAGCUCUCACACCAAACAGGAAACAGUAGAGUACAUCAAGGCGAAGAUCAAGGAGAAUCCAUCUCCAGAGAAAUCCAUCAAUCUGUUUCACUGUCUGAAUGAACUGAAUGAUCAUUCUCUAAUGCAGGAAGUACAACGUUACCUGAACAGAGGAGGUAACAGUCGUCUCAGGGGAACCAGACUCUCUCCUGCUCAGUGGUCAGCUCUAGUGUUUGUGUUACUGAACUCAGAUCAGGAGCUGGAUGUGUUUAAUUUGAGGAAAUAUCACCCAUCAGAGGAAUGUCUUCUGAAGCUGCUGCCAGUGGUCAAAGCCUCCAGAAAAGCUGUGCUGUGGAGGUGUAAACUGACAGAGGAAAGCUGUAGAGUUCUGUCCUCAGUUCUCAGAUCAAACUCCUCCAGAUUGAGAGAACUGAACCUGAGUAACAAUAACCUGCAGGAUUCAGGAGUGAAGCUGCUCUCUGAUGGACUGGAGAAUCCACACUGUACACAGGAGAUACUGAGGAUGCGUUACUGCAGUAUUACAGGUGAAGGUUGUACCGCUCUGGCUUCUGCUCUGAGGUCAAACUCCUCAUCACACCUGAGAGAACUGAAUCUGAACGGUAAUAAUCCAGGAGAAUCAGGAGUGAAGCUGCUCUCUGAUCUACUGAAGGAUCCACACUGUAACCUGGAGACACUACACAUUGAGAGUCGUAAACUCACCAGGACUGACAUAUGACAGGAGUCUCACCUCAAAACUCUUCAGGAUAAAGCAGUUUUGGUGAAGUGUUAGUUUGUUGGAACAUGGCAGUGAAAUAGAUGAUUGAUUGUAAUAUUGAUUUAAUCUUGUUUUUAUUUUUAAAAAUGUGUUCCUUUUUUGCUAAUAUGUUUUAAUAGAAACAGUAAUGGUUUGACUAUUUAAGAUAUUUAGAUAUUGUAAAUAGACAUGUGCCAUAUCAGCGGCAUACAGUAAGAGAAUGAUGAGGAAAGAGAGACUUCCUGAUUUGGUGAAUCCUGUCACCAUGGAGCAGUCAACUCUCAACAACUCUCUAUUACUUAGUGACUUUAUCUUAUCACUCAAACACCACACAUUAAACACCACACAUAAUCUGUAUCUGAACAAGUCAUUACUCAUUUAGUGAGUUAUUUCUGUAAAGGAGAAGAGAAAAGGUGACAUUAAGACAUGAAGAUGAUUUGAGAAAUACAUUAAAUCACAUUUUAAUAUGGCUAUACUACAUCAUUGUUCAAUACUGCAGCUGUUCACUGUACAGUUUAGUUUAGUUAAUCCACAGGAACUUUUACUCCAUCUCUCAUUCUAAGGUUCUCACACACAGACACACACACACACACACAUGCGCGCAGGUGAAGGUCUGAGGUUUGGAGGAAGUCUGCAUUCUGUCCAACACUUUUCAGUUUCUUCUUUAUUAAAUAAUUACUGCUUGA